AUGAGACAGCCUCGUCGGAAUAAUCCCAGCAGCCUCAGUCAACGAUCAGAACCAGCUUCCGAUUCCUCGGAGAAGGGUAGCGAAAGUAGUCGACGAUGCGACGGUUUAAAACCCACAAGGAAAAGGGCAAGUAAGCCCAAAGUCAGAACAGGCUGUAUUAGCUGUAAAAGAAGACAUGUCAAAUGCGACGAAAGAAAACCAUCUUGCGCAGAAUGCGAGCGUCUCAAACUCAUAUGCGAGGGCUAUGCUCCGCCAAAGGUCAAGACAGCCUCUUGCCGGCCUAAAAGGUUACUAUUACCGAAGCCGAAGCUUGCCUCGUUACAACCGAGCAAGAGCUCGCCUCUAUCUCAUCCGGCGGUCUACCACCGGUCGCCAACUCCGCAAAUCCUUACGUUCGGCUUCGAGCUGAGCGAGGACGACAAGUGGUACUUUACUCUGUUCAGGGACCAGAUAUCCCACGAGUUAUCGCCCUACUUUCGAUCUACCUUCUGGUCUCACACGUCUCUGCGAGACAGCAUGGUCAACCGAUGUAUUCACCAUUCUAUCCUCAGUAUAGGCGCCUACGGCCGUGCUCUUAUGGACCUUCGUGAGGGAUACGCGGCCAACGGUAAGAUAUUCCGACCGUGGUGGCCUCCGUCGGUGAUGAACCGGCAUCACCAGGCGGCCCUCGUGCACCACGCCAAGGCUCUUUCGCAUCUCCGAUCAAAUAUCAGGUCGUACGGGAUCGACGGUCGUUUAACCAUGGCGGCAACUCUCUUAUUUAUAGUCUUCGAGAACAUGCAAGGGAACUACCUCAGCUCGGGGAACCUGAUACGCAGCGGCAUCAAAGUACUGAGGAACAUGCGGGGCGGCGCCGAUUCCAAGUCCAUCCUGCGCCGCCAGUGGUACCGAUGCUUAUCGUCCCCGCGAGACGAGGUUGACGAGAUGACGCUCAUGUUCGCGCGGCAGAGCGUGUCGAAGGCGUAUAUGCCCUUCGCGCACGGGAAAUUCGCGUACCACAUCCUGCUAACCGAGGAUGAGGACGAGGACGAGGACGGCGGGACGGGGCUCGACGGGCCCUUUGCCUUCUCGCCGCCGCCGCAGACGCUGGAGCAGGCGCGGCAGAUAUGGGACCACCUGAGCGUGCAGAUCGCGAGCUUCGCGAGCAAGAUGGCGUGGCGCAACUCGAACCCGGAGUACGUCUUCGACGAGGCGGCCGCCUUCCGCGAGCAGGCCACGUACCUGGCGCAGCUGAACGACCUGGGCGUCGCGCUGGACGCGCUGCUGUUCAGCACCGUCGACAGCCGCGACCGCCAGGGCCUCGAGCUGCUGCGACUGCACCACGCGGUCGCGUGGGUGGCGACGUCGUGCUGCUUUGACUCGACGGAGAUGAUGUACGACCAGUACGUGCCGCAGUUCGAGGACGUGGUGCAGCGGUGCAAGCGGUUCGCGGACAUCCCCUCGGCGGUGCGCACCAAGAUCGGCUUCAUCAACGAGAACGGCCGGCUGCCGCUGCUAGCCUUCGUGGGGAUGAAGUGCCGGAAGGCGAGCGUGCGGCAGGAGGCCGUGGACCUGCUGGCGCGGUGCGACUGGCGCGAGUCGACGUGGGACAGCGGAAACGUGGCGAAAGUGGUGACGGGCGCCAUGAAGCUCGAGGGCCAGCCGAACCCGGCAGAUACCGACUACGUGGUCCCGGCCGAGAAGCGAUACGUGUGCUCGAACGUGUUCUGGGACUUCGAGAAGCGGCAGAUGCUUGUCGAGUACACCAAGGCGCUGCCUAACGAACUCGGUAAGUUCGAUAAGGUUAGCUAUGCGAUGGGUUUCUAG